AUGGAACGACGGCCUCGUAGAGAGGGUAGUGUUUCGUCACUACACCACAUCCUCAACGACACAACCGAUGCCCCCUACCCACCACCUCCACAACGAACAAUCCUUCCCCCAAUCCAAACCCUUGAUUCACCCUCUCCACGUCUUAUGCCACCAGCUUCUGCAUCGACCUAUACUGUGUCUCCCUUUGCCCAGCCCCAUAGUCCGUCAAUGACCCCACUCGCUCAAGCUAGACGUCACGACUCCCAUGACUAUGGAUCACCUCCCGAGCCUAUUCCAUACCGACGGCGAGACUCCCCUCAGUUGCCACAUGCCCAGCUGCAGCUAGGGUCGCGUGCCUCUGUCCGCAACGUGCAGCGCCAAACUGCUUCUCCCGGCCCCUACUUGGAGGAUCAGCUCACACCAAUUAGCAUGCCACACAAGCGCCCUGCCGCCGAUUUAGAACACGCAGAUGAACCUCCUCGGUCGCGACAGAAAACCGGGGAGGAGAAGACCUCUUCAGCUUCAGGCAGGCGGACUGGAUAUACGGCCAAGAAGCGCGGCGAUGCAAACAUGGCUUUGCUGGGUGCGGAAACAAUGCCGAGGAAUAUGUAUAGAAUGGUUGCUCGUGCCAAAAGCGGCCACAGCGAAGCUCCGUUCGACAUUAUUGAAGUUCCCACCACGUCAAAUCUUCGACGUGAGAUGCAGACAAGCAGGUGUAUGUCCACACGCUUCAAGAACAAAGACAUUCCUCGUUGCAUCUCUUGCACUCGCCGUUGGGCAGGAGACACAUGUCGCUUUCAACACGUGCGAUCAAUAUUUUGGGACGAUCAUGGUCGUGUUCAAGGUUUUGCCUUUACUGAGCAACUUAGUCGCAAGCCAGCUAUGGUAUUUCCUGAACGCUGGAACAAGCCGCUUGAGAUGUCGCAUCUCAAAGAAGCCAAGAUCACAGCUGCGCAAGGGCUUCUACCCACUCUUCGUGAAGAAAUGGUGCAUAUUAGCCAUCCUGGUAUCAUCUACCGAGUUCGUGAAAGCGAAGUGAGGGCUACUUGCGACACAUGCUUGACAUCUAUAUUCUCAGGGUCGUGGAUGUGUCGGAGCUGUGGCCGCGAAGCUUGCUCUGACUGCUUUACACAAGUCAAGCGCCUGACUAGUGAUCAGCCACACGACAAAAAGGAGGCCGAUGAUAUAGACUACCUACAUCAACAAAAACAGCAUGCCUCACCGUGGUUCCUCAGCUGUGCGGCAAAGUCUGACCAUGGGGCGAGAAACUUUUCGCCGGUCACCCGAUUCCUGAAGAGCGAGCUCGAAGAAGCAAUCCAGCAAAUGGAAGACAUCCUCCCUUCUGUUACUUGCGAACCCAAGUGGGCCGGAAAGGCUCCGUUGCCCAAAACUUACAACGACGUGCCGCGCCAUGGCGGUUAUUGUCGUGGCGCCCCUUCACCAACGUCAAACGACUCGGAAGCGACGCUCGUCCCGAAUACGGAGCCGAUUCCUUCCUAUGAAAUCCAACGCUUCACCAGCGCCGAGCUCACCGAAGAGCAGUUCCGUAAUCUGUGGACUCUGGGGGAGCCCUUACUCGUCAAAGAUGUAGGCAAGAACCUGAAACACCCGUGGACGCCCGAGUUUUUGAAGGCCCACUUCGGUUCCCAGCCUUGCGUGACGAUCGAAUGUCAGACAGAGAAAACACGCAACACGACCGUCGGCGCGUUCUUCGAUGGAUUUGGGAAAUACGAUGACAGGCAGGAGGAAUGUUGGAAAAUCAAGGACUGGCCACCGACAAGCGAGUUCAAGGCUACCUGCCCAGACCUUUACGAAGACUUCUCGCAGGCGGUCCCAAUACCGAACUACGUUCGACGAGAUGGCGUUCGGAAUCUGGGCUCGCAUUUCCCGCUCAACACUAUCGCACCUGAUCUUGGCCCCAAGAUGUACAACGCCAAUGCGAAUCUGGACGACUCUGACGCUGUCAAAGGCUCCACGAGGCUGCACAUGGACAUGGCGGAUGCGCUGAAUAUAAUGACCUAUGCAUCACGUGAUCCUGAUGGGAAAGAGGGAUGUGCCGCUUGGGAUCUUUUCCGGGCUGAGGAUAGCGACAAGCUGCGAGAGUUUUUGGGGGCGUCGCUGGGGAAGAUCGACCAUCUCGGGCCGGACCCGAUCCACGGACAGCAGAUAUAUCUCACUGACAGCAUGCGACGCAAGUUGCACCAAGACUUUGGGGUCCAGAGUUACCGUGUUUACCAGCGGGCGGGAGAGGCCAUAUUCAUUCCGGCUGGCUGCGCCCACCAAGUUCGCAACUUGAGCGACUGCAUCAAGAUUGCGAUUGACUUUGUUUCGCCGGAGAACAUUGCGCGCUGUGAGAAGCUGACGCGGGAGUUCCGGCAGGUCAAUACUGCCAAGUGCUGGAAGGAGGAUGUGUUGCAACUGCGCACGAUGAUGUGGUUCGCGUGGUUGUCGUGUAAAAACCAAGAGUCGAUGCGGAGGGUUUGA